AGGAAGGGGAGGCAGCCAUGGCCAAAGAUGAGGAGGAAGACAAGGGGAAGAAGAAGAAGAAGGGGAAGAAGCCUCCUGAACCAGAGAAACCCAAGAGGAGCCUCAAAGGGACCUCUAGGCUUUUUAUGGGCUUCCGUGAUAGGACGCCAAAAAUAUCAAAGAAGGGUCAAUUCAGGAGUGCCUCCCACUUCUUAUGGAGUCUCAACAGAGGCCCCCAGAAGACCAAGAGGAAGAAGAAGGCCAAGACUGUGCUGCAAUCCACCUCCAAGCUGAUGACCCAGAUGCGGGAGGGCAAGAGAAAGAAGGCAAUGAAGGAGAAGAAGCCGUCCUUCAUGGUUAUCCGUUUCCCAGGCAAGAGAGGCCGAGGGAAGCUCAAGCCCCGAGCUCAGGUGCUGAGCAAAGCAUCUACCUCCAUCAACUGGUUGACCAAAAGGUUCCUCAUCAAAAAGGCCGAAGAGUCGGGAAGCGAGCAGGCCUCCUUGGACGCCUGGCUGAACCGCUCCAGCUCCCGGUUCGGUUCCCAGAAGCUUCCCUUCCCUUCUGGGGCUGACAUCCUAAGGCGAGAGGGGAGGCUGAGGAGAUUCCCCCGAGGCCGAAGCUUGUAUGAGUCAGGAGAAACCAUUGGCUUCCUGCCCUUUGAGUCAGAAGAUUCUUUCCGACAGUCUGGCUCAAGGAAGUCACUCUACGGGCUGGAAGGCUUCCAGGACCUGGGGGAAUACUAUGACUACUACCGUGAGGGCGAUGAUUAUUAUGACCGUCAGUCCCUCCAAGAGUAUGAGCAAGAAAAUUACCGCUCGCCCUGGGGCUAUUAUGGCUCAGAGUGGCCUGAAUAUGGUGACUAUUACUAUGGGUACCCAGUCCGAGACCCUUAUGAAUAUUAUGAUGAUGAAUAUUAUGACAAUAGUCUCUAUCUUCCUUAUAGCUUUGGCUAUGGCUAUGGCUAUGAUGACUAUUCCCCCCCUUAUGCUGCACCUUUGGGGUACUCACCCUACAGUUACUACGAAGAGCCUUCCUAUCCUUACAACUAUUACUUGGGUCCCUACAGCCCUUAUGAUGAGGCAGGUUACUACCCAGGAGGAGCUGAUGCCAUUUACCCCCCGGAGGUCCCUUAUACGUACCCUGAAGGCCCCCCCUUUGACUAUGCCUGGGAAGCUCCCAUCCCAUCCCCCCAUAAUCCCUAUGCCCACCCCAUGGAUGACAUCUUGGAGUUGGAAGAGGGAGAGCAAGAAGAGGAACCCGGGAUUCAGCAGAAGGGUUAUACCUUCAAGCCGCCCAGUACAUCUUUCUUUGAGCAGCAGGGCAUGGAGAAGUCAGCCACCUCCAAAUUGUCCCUGAUCAGGAAGUUCCGACUCUUCCCCCGGCCCCAGGUGAAAAUCUUUGGCAAAGAAAAACUGGAUGUGCCCUUGCCUCCUUCCCUGGACAUUCCGCUUACCACUGAUGAGCAAGAGGAAGAGGAAGACGAGGAAGAAGACCAGUAUCCACCGGUUUCUAUGCCUUAUAGCCCAUACCUCCACCCUUUCUACGCCGGCUUUUUGUCCCCACGGGACCGCAAUGUCCAAAGAGCCCUGUCAGCUUUUAGGCUGAGGAGAGACCUGGGCUUCCCCAGAGAGCCCUCUCCACCUGCCACGUCACUUGCCCGAUUCAUAAAGAAAACCCUUUCGGAAAAGAAACCCAUCCCCAAAUAUGGUAGCAGUGCCCACCAGAAGGGCACAGGCUCCUUCAGGAGACCAGCCGUGAGGGAGGCGGCCUACAAGCGCUUUGGCUAUAAGCUUGCGGGGAUGGAUCCUGACAAUCCUGCCACGCCGGUGACCUUGAGGAAAUUCCGCGGCCCUACGACGAACAGCAACAGCUCCCAGAAGGUGCCUCCCUUGUCUCCAUCCCAAACGCCUUCCAAGAAGAGCGUGCUCAUCUCUCCGCCUCCCCUGAGGAAGAAUGAGAACCCAGAUGCCAAGCCGUCCCUCUGGCCCUUCCUGCCGGACCUUUCAGCAAGGCCUCCACAAGCCUCUCCCUAUGACCCUUCUCCUUAUGGGUCCUUUGGGCAAGCCCCGCCUUCACCCCAGGCCUCCCUGCGGCAGAGGCCCUGGUCUCCCCCUGUCCUCAGGCCACAGUCCAGCUGGUGGAGCCUCAUUGAACCACCCUCUGUACCCACUUUUCCAGAGCCUGAGGCUAAUCCCUACCCACUGUGGUUUGCCAGAUCCCCAAGCAGGCCACCAACUCCUACUCCUUCAAUGCGGUCAUCCCUGAGGAGACCAGGCACUCUUGGCUUCCCAGGGUCUUCUGUGAGGGGACCAAUGUCCCCUGGAGACCUGUUGGGAUCCCCCAGAGCAGCGCGACCCCUGCCUGCCUCUCCACAACCAUCCCUCAGGAGCUUCCCUAGCACUGGGGCUCACUCCCCACUGAGGCCCUCUUCCCCGCAGCUCUCCGUCCAUUCCACUUCUUCGCUGAUGUACAGCCCCAGGUCUAGAAGGCCCCCCUUCUCCCCUCCACUGGGGAUUAAGGGCUCCAGCCGUCACCCUUCUCUCAGGGAACCUCUCUCCCCAAACCCAUCCCUCAGUCGUUUUGGGCCUCCUUCCCCACACUUAGGAUCCCCUCAUCUCCCUCCCAGAGGCGGGAGCCAAAGGCUCCCCUCACCCCCACUAGGCCGAAGCCUGAGGCGCCGCUCCCUUAAUCUGCCUAGGAAGCCUCCUUACCCCUGGAACCGGCUCAGUGAGCGGCCAACCAAGGCCGUCAAACCCCAAGUGCAUUUACCGCUGCAGAGGUCGUCCCGCCAAAGGGUCCCUCCCCAGCCCCCUCCCGGUCCCUGGAACGGAGAUGGGCCCGUGCCUGAUGUAGCUCCCCGACGGGACAGCCGCCACUCACUAGGCAGGCCGCCACCUUGGCUACCACCCCCGCUCGCACCCAGCUGGGAGGUGGAUCUUCCCCCCAUCCAGCGCCCACCGUCCCCAUGGCCCGGCCUGGCUGGCAGCCGGCGGGGCUUCUCCAAGCGACGUCGGCCACCAUCUUCAUUUCACAGACCCUUCUUCCAACAUGGCCAUCCCAUGCCUGGACCCGCCCAUCCUCCGCCUCCUGUUUUCCAAGAAAGGGAUGAUGACCUAGCCCAUGUUCUCCUUGGUAGGCUUGAAGAACCUGGCCCUGGCCAAGUCUCUAAAUCAUCAAAUGAAGAUCCCAUGAAGUCUGACAAAGGGGAAGCCAUCGAUGGGGCCACCCCGAAGCCCUCGGCAGUCUCCAUCGCUCUCUCUCCCAGGGUCUCUAAGAAGUCAUCUCCCGGGCUUGUGCAGGGGCAGAAGGUACUCCACAGUAGUUUCUCCUACCCACUGACCACUCCACCUCAGGCCACAUGGCCCAGCCUUCGCAGAUGGGCAUCCCUACCCAGAUCACUGGUCCAGUCGGCCCCUACCACAGGACUUGCUGGAGCCCAAGAGAAAGGAGAACGAGGUCCACCAAGGCCUGGGCGCUUUGCAAUUGUUAUGCCUCGUGUUCAAAAGAUGGGCUCCUUCCAGCGGGUGUCCACAAUAUCCCAGCAACUACAGACCAGACAACCAACGCCAGGCCUGCCGAAGGCCCAAGAGUCCAGCUGGGUGCGUGUCUCAGUCUCAACUGGGGCCUUCCGGCGGUGGCCCAGGGUGGCCACGGGGACCCACUACCUAUCUUGUAAAAUGUCCCUCCAGUGCCAUGCCUUCAAGGGACCCUGGGAGCAGGAAGGCUCAGUAAGCUGGAAGAAUCAGAUGCACUCCAUUCGCAACCUGCCAUCCAUGAGAUACCGGGUACAGCAGGAGGAAGAUGGUGUGGAAGACAUGACCCAGCUGGAGGACUUGCAAGAGUCUGCUGUGUUGUCCAAUCUGAAAACCAGAUUUGAAAGGAACCUCAUCUAUACCUACAUUGGCAGCAUCCUUGUGUCAGUGAACCCUUACCGGAUGUUUAAUAUCUAUGGGAUGGAGCAAGUGUUGCAGUACAAAGGUCGAGCCCUGGGGGAGAAUCCACCGCAUCUCUUUGCAACUGCCAACCUUGCUUACACUAAAAUGCUGGAUGCUAAACACAACCAAUGUAUUAUCAUCAGUGGGGAAAGCGGUUCAGGAAAAACUGAAGCCACAAAGCUUAUCCUACGCUAUCUGGCCACCAUGAACCAGAAGCGGGAUAUCAUGCAGCAGAUCCUUGAAGCUACCCCCCUGCUAGAAGCCUUUGGAAAUGCCAAAACCGUGAGGAAUGACAACUCCAGUCGCUUUGGGAAGUUCAUAGAGAUCUUUUUGGAAAGCGGCUUGAUUUGUGGUGCCAUAACGUCUCAGUAUCUCCUUGAAAAAUCCCGAAUUGUGUUUCAGGCCAAGAAUGAACGAAAUUACCACAUAUUCUAUGAGAUGUUGGCAGGACUCCCAGCCCAGCUGAAGCAGACCUUCAGUCUCCAGGAAGCUGAGACCUAUUACUACCUGAAUCAGGGUGGCAACUGUGAGAUCCUGGGUAAAAGUGAUGAAGCUGACUUCCAGAGACUCCUCAGUGCCAUGGAGGUCUUAAACUUCAGCAUUGAAGAUCAGGACAGCAUUUUCCGAAUUCUGUCUUCCAUACUCCAUUUGGGCAAUGUGUACUUUGAAAAGUAUGAGACAGAUGCCCAGGAAGUAGCUUCUGUGGUGAGCGCCCGGGAGAUCCAGGUUGUAGCGGAACUGCUCCAGAUCUCCCCAGAGGGACUGCAGAAGGCCAUCACCUUCAAAGUAACUGAGACAAUGAGAGAGAAGAUUUAUACCCCCCUCACUGUGGAAAGUGCCGUGGAUGCCAGAGAUGCUAUUGCCAAGAUUUUGUAUUCGAUGCUGUUUGGCUGGCUUAUCGACAGGAUCAACACAUUGGUUUACCCCCAGAAUGAUGCUCUUUCUAUUGCCAUCUUGGAUAUCUAUGGCUUUGAGGAUCUCAGCUUCAACAGCUUUGAGCAACUGUGUAUCAACUACGCCAAUGAAUACUUGCAGUACUUUUUCAACAAGAUUGUCUUCCAAGAGGAGCAGGAUGAAUACAUCCGAGAGCAAAUAGACUGGAGAGAAAUCACCUUCACUGACAACCAGCCUUGUAUCAACCUUAUCUGCCUGAAACCCUAUGGUAUCCUCAGGAUUCUAGAUGACCAGAGUUGCUUCCCCCAGGCCACAGACCACACUUUCCUACAGAAAUGUCAUUACCACCAUGGCUCCAACCCUCUCUAUUCCAAGCCCAAGAUGCCCCUGCCUGAAUUCACCAUCAAGCACUAUGCUGGCAAAGUCACCUACCAGGUGCACAAAUUCCUAGACAAAAAUUAUGAUCAGGUGAGGCAGGAUGUACUAGACCUGUUUGUCCGAAGUAAAACUCAAGUUGUGGCUCAUCUCUUUGCCAGUCAUGCUCAGUUGAUCUCCCAUCAUCGGUUGGGGAAGAAUAACACACUCACUCGUCUCUACAAGGCUCCCACUGUGGCUGCCAAGUUUCAGCAGUCUCUCCUGGACCUGGUGGACAAGAUGGAGAGGUGCAACCCUCUGUUUGUUCGAUGCCUCAAACCUAACCACAAAAAGGAGCCUGAUCUAUUUGAGCCAGAUGUGGUGAUGGGACAGCUCCGAUACUCAGGGGUCAUGGAGACUAUCCGGAUCCGAAAGGAGGGCUUCCCUGUGCGCAUUCCUUUCCAGGUCUUCAUUGACAGGUACAGAUGUCUGGUGUCUCUGAAACACGACAUACCAGCUACUGGAGAAGCCUGUGUCUCAGUGCUCAAUAGACUUUGCACAGUCACCCACCAAAUGUACUGUAUCGGGGUCAGCAAGCUGUUCCUGAAGGAACACCUGUACCAGCUGCUGGAGAGCAUGCGGGACCGAGUUCUGCACCUGGCAGUGCUCACGCUGCAGCGCUGCCUCCGGGGCUUCUUCAUCAAAAGGCGUUUCCGUUCUCUGCGCCGCAAGAUCAUCCUCCUCCAGAGCGUCUCUCGGGGCUACCUUGCCAGGAAAAAGUACCGGAAAAUGAAGAGGAAUUUGAUCAAGUUCAGAUCUCUGGUGAACAUGUAUGUGAACCAAAAGCAGUACCUGAGGGUAAGCUAGGAGACCAGGACCAGGGAGGAGGGAGAAUUGCCCCCUGAGUGUUGUAUUCCCCAGGAACUGACCAAGAGAGAAGUGGUGAAUGUGGCCUGUCUUGAGGUACCCGCUGAGCUGGCAGGACUCCUCCAGGUGGUGACAGUAUACAAACAAGCAAAUGCAGGCUGCGUGGUCUCUGUCCGUACUCCCAAGCUACAGAUUGACCCUCAAAUUGCACUGCCCCUCGACAUCAACAACUAUCCAAUGGUCAAGUAUGUCCAGGCCCACUUCAAGGAUCCAGCCUUUGGGAUGCUUACUGAGCCAUUACAGAGUCCCCUUACCAGAUUGGAGAAAGAACAUUACCCAGAAGCCAUCAGCAUCUUUAAGUUGAUUCUGCGCUUCAUGGGUGACCCCCACCUCCACGGAGCUCAGGAUAACCUGUUUGGGAACUAUAUCAUCCAGAAAGGACUUGCAAAGGCUGAGCUGAGGGAUGAGAUCCUGGUCCAGCUGGCCAAUCAGGUGUGGCGGAACCCCAACAUCAGCAACAAGGAACGAGGUUGGCUCCUGUUGGCCUCCUGCCUCAGUGGCUUUGCACCCUCACCUCGCCUGGACAAGUAUUUGCUCAAGUUUGUUUCUGAUUAUGCCCACAAUGGCUUCCAAGCUGUGUGUCAGCACAGACUCAUUCAGGCCAUGUCAAAAGCCCAGAAGGGUCCUGGGGCUGCCCGAACCUUCCCUCCAACGCUACUUGAGUGGACAGUUACUCAAAAGAAGGCCAACAUGGCACUCGAUGUCUACUGUUUCAAUGGGGACCAGUUUUCUUGCCCAAUCCAUUCAUGGAGCACAGGGGAAGAUGUUACUGGAGACAUUUUGAAAUACAGGGGGCUAACUGAUGGCUGGAGGGGCUGGACAGUCUCCUUGAAGAACGGUAGCCAGUGGGCUGAGUUGGCGGGCCACGAUUAUGUCCUGGAUCUGAUCUCAGACAUGGAGCUUAUCUGGGACUUUCCGAAGCAGAAAUCCUACUUUAUCAUCACUUCUGAGGGGGCAGACAAGAGCAGGAGCAGCGGCAGAAUGGUGUUUGGAAAUAACUGGGACUCGGAUGAGGAAACACCUGCCCUUCCCCGGCAUAGAAGGCACUCCAUUCGGACGACAAAACUUCCUGACUCAGAUGCUUAUUUCAGUCAUGACUCAGACAGCUUCCGGGAGCCGGCUACCCCUCAGAAGGGACUGGAUCGCUAUCUGGAUAGCCUCUUCGACCCCGUGCUUGCCUAUGAAAACACGGAUCUGGAAAAGCCAGCUGCUAUGUCCUAUAGGAUGAAAGGAGGAGGUCAGCCCAAAGGUGACGAGGAGCCAUCGGGGCCUCCCAAAAUACCCCAAGAACCAGUCCCAGGCCUGGACCCCUCCACAUUGGCGCUGCAGCAAGCCUUCAUCCACAAGCAGGCCAUGCUUCUGGCUCGAGAGAUGACUCUCCAGGCCAUGGCCCUGCAGCAGCAGCAGCAGCAGCAGCAGCAGCCGCCGCCGCCAGAUCUGGUCCCCUCUGCUGCAGCUUCCUCAGCCUCCCUGGGACCCGCCUCCCAGCCCCUGCCUCCUAAAAAGCCAGUAGGGGCAGAUGUCCCUCUGAAGGCCAAGAGCAGAAGUCCCCCUGCCAAGCCGGUGCUAAUCUAUGCAGCCCCAGCUCUGGGAGACCCCGGAGGAGGCGGCUUCCAGCCUAAGGCCUUGGUAUCUGGCUCUCCCUCGAAGCCGAGGGGCUCAAUCCCGCCUAUUAAACCGGUGGCCACCCCUAUCCGGGUACAAGACCAACAUUCUCCUGUAAGAACCUUCUCGCCCUCCCCAGAGCUUGUCCGUCACUCCAUCCUCAACUCAGAGCAUUUCCCUCAGCCGACCCAACAGAUCAAGACCAUUAUCCGCCAGUGCCAGCAGCCGCCCAGAGCUCCCGAUGGUCUCAGGAAGGAAAGUGGGAAGGUGUUUGUGAAGAAAUCAGACCCUCAUGAAGAGGCCCUCCUGAUCCUGAAGGAACAAAUGAUCCAUUCAGCUCCCAUCAACCUGGGAAGUCAAGGGCCCAGACAGACCGUGGCUUUGGUGAAGCCUGUGACCAGCACUAGGCCCCAAGACCUGACCCCUGCUGCCAAACCUUUAACUUCAGCCUCCAGGACAACCUUAGGCAUUCCCUCAGCAGUCUCACGGGCGCUUGUUCCAGAGGAGAACCCCAUCCAAACACAGCUCCAUCGGCAGAGCAACGAGACCUUCUACAGCUACCAGGGAGUGCCCUGGAACAUAUACCUGCGAAAAGAGGUGUUUUACCCCAAGGACAGCUACAAUCACCCAGUCCUCCUGGACCUCCUCUUCAGACAGAUCCUUCAUGACACCUUCUCUGAAGCCUGCAUCAGAAUCUCCAAGGAAGAGAGGAUGAAGAUGAAAUCCAUCUUUGUCCAGAAUAAGUUGGAUUCUCUACAUCCAGUAGUGAAUGAGAGCAUCAAGAGGACAGUGGUCAAUGAAGCUCGAGAGAGCUGGGAAGUCUAUUUCUCCCGACUCUUCCCAGCCACGGGCAGUGUGGGCACAGGUGUGCAGAUUCUGGCUGUGUCUCAUGUGGGCAUCAAGCUCCUUCGCUUGGUGAAGGGCAGCUGGUCAUCAGGGGAACAGCUUCGGGUCCUACGGAGUUACAGCUAUACAGAUAUCCUUUUUGUGACCAUCCCUUCCAUGAACAUGCUGGAAUUCAACCUGGCCAGUGAAAAGCUCAUUCUCUUCUCAGCCCGAGCUCCUCAGGUGAAGAGCAUGGUGGAUGACUUUAUUCUGGAGCUCAAAAAGGAUUCUGAUUAUGUGGUUGCUGUGAGAAACUACCUGCCAGACGACCCGAAUCUCCUGAGCUUCCACAAGGGUGAUAUCAUCCAUCUUCAGUCUUCAGAGUGGCCUGAGAGGGGAUACAAUUAUGGCUACGUAGUCAGGAAGAAGGUCAUCUACCUGGAGGAGCUGAAGAGGGACACCCAGGACUUUGGAUGGAAGUUUGGGGCCAUCCAUGGGAGGCCUGGCCGAUUCCCCAUGGACCUGGUACAGCCCGUUGCUGCCCCUGACUUCCUUCAGCUACCCUCAGAGCUGGACAUGGGUGGGCCUCGGGACCAGUCCGGCAGAGCGGCCGCCGUGGCUGUAGCAGUGGCUUCUUCUACUGUGGCCCAGGAGUUUGGCAGGAAGACAGAGGCAUCCAUGACUAGGGACAUCUCCAGGGAGUUUGGGGAGGAAGCAUCCCAGCAGGAAGUCUAUGGGGCAUCUCUACUCCCUACUCAUCAGUACACAAUGCUGGAAUUUGCUCAGAAGUAUUUCCGGGAUCCACAAAGGCGAUCUAUGGAUUCUUUUAGGCAGAAAUCCAAGAAAGGAAGAGAAUCUAGAGACGUGAGCAACAUGCUGAAAUUUUCCAAGACACCGAUCCAGGAAUCCCUCAUCGAGUUCAGCAACAGCAGCCUAAACAAAAUGACCACAGAGAUGUUUCUAGCCGUGAUGAAGUUCAUGGGGGACUUCCCAAUGAAGGCCCAGACCGAGCUGGAGGUGCUUCGCUCCUUCCUGAAGCUCUGCAGUGACUAUGAAGUGCUUCGAGAUGAAGCCUAUUGCCAGGUCAUCAAGCAGAUCACAGACAAUACCAGUACUAAGCCGGACAGCUGCCAAAGAGGCUGGAGGCUGCUACACAUCCUCACAGCCUACCACAAGUGCUCGGACGUCCUGAAGCCGUAUCUCUUCCGAUUCUUUCAGGAUGUGUGCAGGAGUCCCGGCUUGCACUUCCAGGGGAUCGCAAAAGCCUGUGAGCAGAACCUUCAGAAAACCUUCCAAUUUGGUGGCCGAAGUGAGCUUCCCAGCAAUAUGGAAUUGAGGGCCAUAUUGGCCGGCCGAAGUUCCAAGAGGCAGCUGUUUCUCCUCCCGGGAGGGCUUGAACGCCACCUGAAGAUCAAGACCUGCACAGUGGCCCUCGAUGUAGUUUCAGAGAUCUGCAUUGAGAUGGGACUGGCAAGGGCUGAGGCUGUCAGUGAAUAUGUGAUCUUUGCUGUCACCAACCAAGGCCAGAACGUCUGCCCCUUGAGCCGGCGGGACUACAUCCUAGAUGUAGCUUCAGAGAUGGAGCAGGUGGACAGCGGCUAUACCUUCUGGUACCGCCGCAUCCUGUGGACCCAGCCACUCAAAUUUGAGAAUGAGCUCUAUGUCACCAUGCACUAUGGCCAGGUCCUGCCUGAUUAUUUAAAGGGCCUCUUCAACAGCUUGCCCACUGACCAACCCAGUGAACAGCAGCGACAGCAGGUGUCCAAGCUGGCUGCCCUCCAGCAUCGUGCGAAGGACAGCGUCUAUCUGCCCAGUGUCCGUGAAGCCCAGGAGUACAUUCCACCCCAGUUCUAUCGAACGUUGAAGGCUCAGGCCUGGCUGAAUCUGGUUAUCCAGCACAUGCAACAGAUCCAGGCCCUGAGCCCCCAUCAGGCCAGGGCCCAGUUCCUUGGGCUCCUAAGCGCCUAUCCCAUGUUUGGUUCCUCCUUCUUCUUCAUCCAGAGUUGCAGCAACAACACUGUGCUCACACCCUGCAUCCUGGCUGUCAACCAGAAUGGACUCAACUUCCUCAACAAGGAGACCCAUGAGCUGACGGUGAAAUUUCCUCUAAAGGAAAUUCAAUCCACACGAACCCAGAGACCCACUGCCGGCUCCAGUUAUCCCUAUGUGGAGAUCACACUGGGAAACCUGACUGUGCAACGAAUUAUGCAGCUGCAGCUUGAGCAGGGCCUGGAACUGUGCCGGGUUGUAGCUGCACAUGUGGAGAGCUUACUAUGUGCCCGAGAGAAGCGAUUCACUCUGCCUCCUAGUGAGAUUACCCUACUCUGAUUUGUUUGAACAUCUACUCCAUUCUUUGGUUGCUAUUGCUGCCAAGCUAUAUGCAGCUCCAUCCAAAUUCUACCUAUGGAAGACCCUGGACAGACCAAAGAGUGACUUCAUGUUAACUGGGUAGAAGGUUUCCAAUGGAGUACCCCAAGGAUCCAUGUCUGGCCUUGGAUUAUUUACCUUUUUUUGCCAGUGAUAUGGACAAAAGUCUUGAUGGAACGCUCAUCAGAUUUUCAAAUGAUAUCAAAUUAAGUGAAAGAGUUACCAUAGUGGAUGACAAUGUUAGAAUCUAAAAAGAUCUUGAAGACAUUGAACUGAAUCCGAGAUGAAAUCAAAUAGGAAUAAAUGAGAAGUCUGACACUUGGGAUCAAAAAACCAAUUUCAUAAAUAAAUAAAUUUCAUAAAUAGGGGAAGCAUGUUAGAGAUAACAUUUUUUCUGAAAAAGAGUUGAAUGCACUAUAAACUCAACAUGAGUCAGUAAUUUGAUGUAACCAAAAAGGCUAAUGAAAUCUGGGGCAACAUUGAAAGUACCUUCUAGGGGGAAAAAGGGAGGUAAUAAUCUCACUAUCCUGUUCUAGGAUAAAUACUAUUAUAUUCAGUUCUGGGAAUCACUGUGUUAGGGAAAACUUGGAUAAAAUUAGAGAAUGUCCAGAGGAGAGUAACUAGGCUAGUGAAAGGCUUUGAGUCCAUCUCAUAAGGAACCAAGGAUAUUUACCUGAAGAAGCUAAGAUCGAAGGGAGAUAAAAUAUUCUAUUCAACUCCUAUUUGGAGGCUUUAUCCUGUGAAAGAAUAAGUUAGUUCUGUUUGACCUCAGAAGGCAUUACCAGAAGCAAUGGUUGGGAGAUUUUAAAGGGGAAAAUUGAGGCUUGAUGUCAGAGAAAACCUUUUUAGAAGUUAUCCCAAAGUAGAGUGAACUGCAAUGAGAAGUGAUAGUUUCCUCCUCCUUGGAGGUCUUCAAGCAGAGGUUGGAUGAAUACUUGUUGGGAUUUUUUUUUAUAGGUGGGAAUAACUUUUCAUCUAUGAGUUAGAUGAGAUAGCCCUUGAGGUUUCUUCUUACUCUGAAGUUCUGUUCAACUCUGUGCUUCUGCAAUUCUUCCCAGACAAUUCAGGAAGACUGGAUCUUCCAAGAGAGUCUUCAAUAAACCCUGGCUAUAAAUGAUUAGAAUCCAUGGGAUCUCUCAAAACUUGGGGGAAAUUACUUUAGUUAAAAGACAGGAAGAGGAGAGCGAGUCUCAUGUAGGAUUCUGAGUUAGAUUCAAGACCCAAGCAUCAUUUUGAGCUAGAGAAAUACAUUAUAGUCUAUUUUCAAGCAGCAUGACACUCCUAUAAGGCCAUCCCUUCAUUUCUCAGUGCCAGAUCAUGACAGCCUUCCUGAAGGUUCUCCUAGGCUGUAUAAGUCUAGAGAAGAGAGAAAGGUUUAAGGAACAAGAAAAUUAAGUCUGAAUGAGGAGACAAUGCAAGAAUUAAGAGAACCAAGAUAUCAUGGGAAGACUUCAGUCAAUCAAUCUAUCAAUCAACAAGCGUUUAUAAAGCAUCAAGUGGAGAAAGAAGAAUUUCUAGACAGUUUUCACUCAAUUCUGAAAAUGACUGAUUAGCUACUAAAAAUGAUGUUGAUAUCCAAUUAUAUUCUGGCUCAGGUCCACCUUUUUAGGAAGCCUUUCCUCCAAUAUUUAUCAAUAAAUGAAUUUCUUUGCCCAGCCUAGAAGGAAAGCAGACCCUGUCAAUAUUACUGUCUGCUUUCUAGCCACAAAUCUGAGUUCUUUCCAGUCAAAGAGCAAAGCUAGUCUAUAGAUAAGAGGAUGACUUAGAUAGUUUUUGGAAGGGUCUAUGUCACUCUCAGGACUUAGGGCUAAGCUUGGGAGAGAACAGGAGAUUAACCCAUAGUCUGGAUGGUUUCUUCUUCAUUCACCUUUAAGUAAUUAGGAUGAAGACAGGGAAAAAGAGAUAAAAGAGGAAAUUAGAAGUACAGUGAUGAUUCUGUAUAGAUGGGAUCCAUUCUUUGGUCCUGAAACAAUUUUCCUGAGUCCAGACUAGCCAGAAGCCAAAAGUUAGUGGCCUUCUGGACAGUAACAGAAGAAAUCUGUGCAGGAAGGUCCUUGGGACCUCUCCAGCUUCAUGAUUUUCUUUGUACUCAUCUUGCUUUCCUAUCACCUCCCAUACUUGGGUAAUCUUUAUUUCUCUUUGUAAUUUUUGGGUGAAAUAAACAGCAAAUUAGGGCAGUAAGGCACUCAGGAACUGAAGGCAGGGGGUGGUCCCUGGUAAAAUUGAGAAAAUGAUGUUUGCUAUCUGGUUGAAGAGCCCUUGGGAUAUUCCCUCAGUCUCACCCAUCCUUCCCAGCGUCUCCUGCUCCAGACCUUUCUCUUGCUUUUCUAUCCUCUGAAACCUUACAAUCCAAACCAAAAUAAGUUAGCCUGUUUCCCAUUCUAGGCAAUAUUUACAUUUUAACUAGGACCUCCAAUUUCAGAGAGAUGAGAGUAAAUGUCUGAUUCCUGUGCUCUCCCCUGAGAGAAAAGAAAAAAAGGAAGGAAGGAAGGAAGGAAGGAAGGAAGGAAGGAAGGAAGGAAGGAAGGAAAAAGAAGAAAGGAAAAGGAAAAAAAGGAGGGAGGGAGAGACAUGUUAAGGGGGCCUUGGCAACAGGAUGUGCUGGUUUCCAGGGGAGUUCUGGGUGAGUCAGUCGCUGGAAGCAGGAAUAUUUCCAUUUUCUGGUAAAGUCAUCAGUCAGUACAUGGCAAGAAAGAACAAACACAAGCGUCCUAAUGAGCUGGGGAAAACUUGGGAAAACCAUUUCUUACACAAAGCCAGCAUGGGGCAUCAGUGGAUCCCUUUGCCCCAGACCGUAUAAAUGCCAUCACCAUUCUGUUUCCUGUGUCCUCAGUCAUCAAGGUGCAGAGAUCUGCAAACACUGGCUAGAAGCUUCAUCUCUCCAGCCUGAGGACCCUCUUCACUUUGAGUCUUUACCCUGAAUUCUAGGCAGUGAGGGUCAGCUUUGGCUACCUCCAUCUGUAGCUCUCUUAUUUUGUCCCAUCACAACUCCCUACCUCCAGUCCAGAGAAGCUUUAUCCCAGAAUCCCAUUUCCCAGCUUCUAAGAUGAAGGCUGGAGGUGACCAACAUGAUACCGGUUUUUCUUCAAUCAGAAAUUUUACUAUUACCCCUUCCUUUUUCUUCUCUAAAAUAUAAAGUUCUCUGGGAACAG